UCAAAUCUGACGUCUGUUCAAAAGUCAAAGUCGAAGUUCCGUCAUAAGUUUGUUCUUUUAGUUGUUUGACAGUUCUACAAGGAACGUUGUCUUCAUCAUGCCACGUGAAAUUAAAGACAUCAAGGACUUCCUUCUGAAGGCACGCAGGAAAGAUGCUAAAUCUGUCAAGAUAAAGAAAAACCCAGAGAAUGUCAAGUUCAAGGUGCGGUGCUCACGGUUUCUGUACACACUGGUUAUCACAGACAAAGAGAAGGCAGAGAAACUGAAGCAGAGCUUACCACCAGGUCUCCAGGUUAAGGAAGUGAAGUAAUGUGACUAGAUUAAUAAAAUAAAAAAAAUAUACAAAA